CUGAACAAAAAGCGGAAACAAAAGAAAUCAAAAAUCCUAAAACACACCCUUAGCGAGCGGCGGAGAGAAAUAGAAAGUAUCUGGUUGCUUUCUUCGGUAGGAAUUUAGAAACGUCACGGAGAAAACAGACGGUAAUUCGGUUUAGGUUACCAGACCCGGGUCGCUAUGGCUUUGAAAAGAAUACAGAAGGAGCUCCACGACUUGCAACGGGAUCCUCCCGCGCAGUGCUCGGCCGGGCCAGUUGGGGAUGACUUGUUUCACUGGCAAGCCACAAUAAUGGGACCCAGUGACAGCCCAUACCAAGGGGGUGUGUUCUUCCUCACAAUCCAUUUUCCCACGGACUACCCCUUUAAACCACCAAAGGUAGCAUUCACAACAAAAAUCUAUCACCCAAAUAUAAAUAGUAAUGGGAGCAUUUGCUUGGACAUUUUGAGAUCACAAUGGUCCCCUGCACUGACCGUAUCAAAAGUUUUAUUGUCCAUAUGUUCAUUGCUUUGUGACCCCAAUCCUGAUGACCCCCUAGUUCCAGAUAUAGCACACAUCUACAAGUCAGACAAAGAAAAAUACAACAGACUAGCAAGAGAAUGGACCCAGAAGUAUGCAAUGUAAAGACCUAACAGAAGAUUUUUAAGUCACAAAGCACUGUAAAUUCUAGAAUCUAAAAAAGUUAAAUUAGGUAAUAUUAUUGAACAUGAUGUACUGUUAACAUUUAUCAUUAAAACAAUUGCCAUUAACUAAUGGAGAAUUAGUAUUUUACAGGAAAAGACUCCUUCGCCACAAAUUACACAAAAAGGCUUAACAGAUUUUGUGCAUUGCAGACUUUUUUUUUUAAUUUAGCACUUCUGUUUUUCUUGGUCUAUAAAUCCCAUUAAAACUAAAUUGUAAUGCAGCUUUAUUGCUGUGGUCACCCAUGAGUUUAGGAAAAUAAAAGUUUCAUUAAAAACAUUUUUUUCUUUCUGUAGGUAAUUUCUAAUUUUUCUUUUAGAGAUUUUUAUUGUAUAGUAUAUAUGCUAUACUGAAUCUAUUUUUAUUAUUUUGCAUUAAAAGUGGAAAAAAAUAAAUCUGCAAUGUUGUGAAUUUGCUACUUUUGUCCACAUUGACACCUGCCAUAUUUUACAUUGUUCUUCCUCUACCUCUGUUGUGUCUUUGCACUUUUGAUUGCCACCAUAUUAUAUAACAGAUCUUCUAAUCGUUAUUUCAAUGCUAAAUGUUCAUGUGGAUGUAUGCUAUUUAAAAGCAAAACUGCGGCCUUUUGCAGAAAGUAUCUAAAGGCAGGUGGCAUUACAUACUUUUCUUCUAAAUAGAACAUAAGAAAUUGUUUUAAAGGCAGUUAAUUACCAUUGAACUCAGGUCUUAAGCUCAAUUCCUAUAGACCCAGUUUCUUCUGGGUUUUAUUCCACUUGAGCUCUCUUGCAUAGUUGCUGUAAUUACUGUAUUAAACUGCAUUAUUGUAAUUUCUUAC